AUGCAGUACGUCCCGUUUGCAUCUGAUAUUGAAAUCCCCUUCUACGCGUCUCUCGCAUCCCAUAAGAUCAACCAUGAUAAACUCGACGACUCAGCCCGUAAGCUACUGGGUCUGUAUGAGAUCCGACCUUCCGACGCCAAAGAGCAUUCCUGUCGCAUGCAAGUGCAUGGAAAUGCAUUGACCAGCGAUGAUGUUCCGGCAAAUUACUACCGAGCUGAAGGUAUCAUCAAAAACCUCAAUACCAUCGAAGAAUAUCGCAACAUCGAUAAGCUCCAGUUGAUCCAACAAGCUGGCAGGACGAUUUGGGAGGCCAUUAACGAUGGGACAAUUUACUCUUGUCCAUCUCUUUUGGCUUCAUUUCUUGUACUGUCAUUUGCGGACUUGAAGAAAUACAAAUUCAAUUACUGGUUCGCCUUUCCCGCGUUGACCCAGGAUCCCUCUUGGGUGCCUGGGGAGGGUGAUGACUCCUCUUCAAUAGCUUCACCGCCGACUUCGGACGCAAAAUUUCCAUAUACGAAGCUCAACUCCAUUGAAAGCACCAACCUUGUCGAUAAGGUCAUGACUUGGAGAUAUGGCGUCGACACCCGACAACACGGCUUUUUCCUCGUGCGAAAAGACUACGGCGCAUUCCACCAGCCGGUCGAUGACGAUGCAGGAGACUCGGAUUUUGGGCCAACAUCUCCUCGAUCGCCACUCACCCCAUCAGCAAAUUUAGGGUACACUUGGACUGUGAGCUCACUAUCCAGCUAUGAGACGGGGUUCUUCGAUGGAAUCGAUCCCAAAGAUAGAUAUGUGUGUUUCGCGGACCCUUCGAAUUAUACCGACCCAGCCGCUCCGGGCUGGAUGCUACGGAACUUGCUUGUACUUGUUCGACAAAGAUGGAAAUUGGACAAGGUACAGAUCCUGGCAUACAGAGAGACACAAAUGCGGAGAGACGCCGCGCGCAGCAUCAUAUUCACAAUGCAAGUCUCGAAAGAGAGCAAGAAACCACGUCAGUCAUCGUCUUCAGCAACAUCAGCACCAACCGUUGAGCCCUCAUCUUCCACUACCACCACAUCACAGAUUCCACCGACCCCCAAAGUUGUUGGCUGGGAACGCAAUGUACAGGGCAAGCUCAGCGGCCGUCUCGCAAACCUGACUGAGUACAUGGAUCCAAAGAAACUUGCCGACAGUUCGGUAGACCUAAAUCUCAAGUUGAUGAAAUGGCGGAUUAGUCCGAAUCUAAAUUUGGAUAAGAUCAAAGAGACGAAAUGUCUACUUCUCGGUGCUGGCACCUUGGGAAGCUAUGUCUCGCGCAAUCUGAUGGGAUGGGGAGUUCGAAAGAUUACAUUCGUCGAUAAUGGCACGGUCUCGUUUUCCAACCCUGUCCGUCAACCACUGUUCAAUUUUGAAGAUUGUCUCGGUGGGGGCAAGCAGAAAGCCAUAGCGGCCGCCGAGGCCCUCAAAUUGAUCUAUCCGGGCGUGGAAUCCGAAGGCCAUGUCCUAUCCGUACCCAUGGCGGGCCACCCGACCACAGACGUUGAGAAGACAAAAGCCGACUACGAAAAAUUGCAGAAACUAGUGGACGAACACGACGUCAUCUUCCUCCUCAUGGACACGCGCGAGUCACGCUGGCUCCCAACCGUAAUGGGCAAAUCAGCAGGCAAAAUCGUGAUGAACGCGGCGCUGGGGUUCGAUACCUACGUGGUGAUGCGACAUGGCGUGAAGCAGACAGAUCCCGCGUCGUCGGAAUCAGAACUCGGCUGCUACUUCUGCAACGACGUCGUCGCGCCCGCCGACUCGAUGAAAGACCAGACCCUCGACCAGCAGUGCACAGUAACCCGCCCGGGCAUCGCAGCCAUCGCAUCCGCCCUACUCGUCGAACUCCUCGUCUCCGUCCUGCAACAUCAGCUCGGCGCCUCUGCGCCCGCCACGCUCGCGCGCACUUCAUCUUCCAAUGAUGCGGAGGAAGCAGUCGAACAUCCCCUCGGCAUCGUGCCGCACCAGAUCCGCGGAUUCCUAUCGACCUUCUCGAAUCUGAACAUUACUGGUCGCUCUUAUGAUUGCUGCAGUGCGUGUUCCGACAAGAUCGUCGACGCGUACCGGAGCGAGGGCUGGGAGUUUGUGUUGAAGGCCUUGAACGAGCGCGAUUACGUUGAGGAGCUGAGUGGGUUGAAGGACGUGCAGAGGGCUGCUGAGGCGGCGGAGAAGGAUAUUGAUUUCAGUGAGGAGGAUGAGGAUGGGGACGAGGGGGAGGGCGAGUUACUUUGA